AUGCACUCCUUUAUGCCGGACUGGAAGUUCGUUAACGAGGCUGCAGAACAAAUCCUGCACGAGGGAUUCAAUGGGGAUCUAUAUCAGCGACUAGGAGGAGCUUUUAUUGCUUCAGAGGCCCAACCCAUAGCACAGGGUCAAGCGUCCGUCGCCUUUCGCUUUAUCAACAAGCACCACUUGGCACUAAAUUUCAGCACAACACCCUCUCUUGCACGGCUUAUCAUUGCGAUCUUGGAUGGCUCAUGGACACCGGAGCGUGGUGAGAGGAACGAGACCGGAUUUUUGCUGCUUUGGAGGAACCAGGAAAACACCAUCACAUAUCCCAUUCCACCUUCAAGCUUUCUUCUUCGCUACAUCUCAGCACUAUUGCACAUCAACAUAUUCCUGUUUGACACCGCCGCCCGCCCCAUUGUCAUCACCCAUCCCUAUCCAAAAGGAGUUGUCGGUAUUCUUCAUGAUGCAUCGUCCAUUCUGGGAUACUCGGACUACAAUAUACUCGGACCAACUCGUACGGAACAGGACGAUCUUUUCAUUGAUCUACGGCCACCAACACCCCCGUCUCUACCACUUCCACCAGGACCUGCUGCGACAUUCCGAACCGCCAAACGACCGCGCCAGCAGAGAGAAGGAUGCGAGAUCGACAGGGUCGCACUAGAGACCAUCUACAAGGAGGAAUGUGAGGCCCGAGUCAAGAAGGAGGCGGCCGAUCAGUGCCGCACGGCGAAGAAGCGUGCAAAGAAGGAGGCAGAUCCGAGGGAAGCAUUGGAGAAGGCACAUAUUGAUGCAAAGCAAGCGGAAGAGAAACGUGUAAGAACGCCUCGGGGAGUCAUGAAUGAAACUGCUCGACGCGUUCGCCAACACUGCGGCAUCAACGACGAAGAGGACUUUACCAACCAUCACGCAUCGAUGAUGAUUACCCACCCUAUUGGAGAACCUCAGACCGUUACUGGACGAGCUCUAGCGACAUAUAAGGCGGCCUUAUCAAGACACUUUGACAUGGCAUGGAUCGAGGAACAGGACCACAUAUCUGAUCCUACCGUUGCUUCAGCAAACUCAACAACUAUCGCCCCAACCCCAUCGGACAUCGACGCCCAGGAUGACAACAGCAUUCGCACUAUUACCCUACCUCUUGCGAAGCUGCUCAGGACGGAUCUCCCCACGAAGGAUCAAGAUUACAUCACCAAGAGGCUAAACGACGUACAGGGUGAGGUGUCUGACUUUAUGGAAUCCGUUGCCAUGGGAGCGGACGACUACUUCAAGGAGAACCCGAUCGUGGAAGCGGGAGUCAUUACUCCGGAGUGGCAACAGAUUGUAUCCGAUGCUACGGAGUUGAAGCCCCGAGUGAAGGAUCCGGCAACCUUGCUAUCCCAGGAUUAUUUGCAGUACCUUGGAGUUCGGAUUCCAGAAUUGAGACGUGCGAGGAAGACCCCCAAGACUACCACCCACCCCUUGUGGGAUACAGUGCUUGAAAGCAUCUAUAGCGGGAAGCUGGUACCACAAGCCUGGGAUGAUUCAAGGCAUCCUGACUCACCCUCAUCCAACCCCUUCAAGAUCAUUCCAAGCUUAUCUCAAGCCUCUGGUUCCGGCGCUGUGGAUGAUGCCUAUGCUGCUGCUGAUGCCAAUGUCGAGGUCGGAUACCAGUCAGAGGACUCAUCGAAGGAAAGCCUGGGGGGCUUGACGGCCACACUCAUGCGAGAGUACGCUACGAACAUCAAGAUGAUAUGGUCUGGAGACAUUUACGAGAGGUUGAGACGGUACGUGGUGCACAAUGUUCUCCGACUCAAUCUACGACCCCAGAGCGAGGAGAAGCACCGCAUCCAAAAGCGGAAGCGUGCUAUCAAGAAGGCCGAGGAGAUGAAGGAGGCGUCGGCAUCGGCAAGCCAAAAGCGUCGAGAGUCCCUGAGGAACUGGAAAAGGCGAAACCAGGACCUAUUCAAUCAACUUGAUCACGCAUUUGAUACUAGUCGAGACGAGGAGCGCAUCAACAAGAUUUUCGGGCUCAUUGACAUCCAUCAAGAGCGGCGGCCAGGAGUCAAGGAGCAGAACAAGUCACGUGGACUCACCCAAAGCGACGACUACGAGACGGACUCGGAGUUUGACGGCUCAGACGACUCAGACGACGAUAUGGAUACUGAGUUGGUUGUUUCGGGCUCGAGCAAGAGCAGCGAUGAUGUUUUAAGGCCUUGCACUCACACAGCAGAUCAAGAUUGCGAGAUGGGGGUCAUGGAGGAGCAGUCAGAUGCCGGUCGCUCUAUUAAUGCAGAGGCUCAGAGCAGUGGUCCGUCUGAAUCUGUGGCACGCUCCUCAACAGGACCAAAGGAGCCGACAUCAAAGAAGCUCCGAGGUCUAGAAGCAGUAGCUAUCAGGUUGCUGGAAUUGCCAGACUCGAACAUACCCAUCACCGAAGAGACAGUCAAGGCGAAGCUCUACGAGCCUGAGAUGUACAGCACGGAGGAGAUUUUGGCCGUCUUGCGGCUAGUGACAUUACUGAGACCGUUUACCCCUAAGAAGGCCCACUCAGGACCCCAGUCAACUUCCUAUCCAAAGAGCGUCUUGACUUUGGGGCCGUUUGUAAUGACGUACGUCGACUUUUACACAGUACGCAUCAUGGGACGACGGGCGAUAACGGGACCAAACCGCCACUUCACCAACAGUGCGUACGAAGACAAGAAGAAGAAGCAUGUUAAGCCAUCAGGUGUAAUCAACUGGACGUCGGAACUACUGGAAACCGGGCAUACCCCUCAAUCUGCAGCCAAAGCGUCGGAGGAGAUCAAGAUUGUUCAGGAUCGUUUGGUCACAGAGCUACAACCCCUCAAGAAGGGCCUCAAGGCAGCCACGACGGUCAGGAGAGAAAAGGACCGCACCCUUCGUCACUAUGAAGGACACGACCAGAGACACAAAAAGGGAAUCUACCAGAACCUACAGGAGGCACGAAAAGUCGUCAACAACCUGAAGAAGAAGAUCAUUCCUCUCGAGGCUGAGAUCCGGGAAAAGAAGCAGCAACGCUACUAUUACAACAGGUUGUCCAAGGCGACUGCCCCCCCAACAGCACUAUCAGAAGACCCUUCUCCCCUGCCCAUCACGACUGUCACAGAGUCUGUCCCAACUGUUCAACAUCCUGGGAUGCAAGACUUUGUUCAGACAACCUCCAUCAAGCAGCUACUGUUAGAAAUUGAAGACAAGGACCGACAACUACCUGUACCAGGCACUGACAGAGGAUUGGUGACUAUGUCUGAGACUGUCCCCUCCUUGUGGUCAACUCUGGAAUCUUUAUCAAACCGAUACUAUAUUCUCCAUGGUCAUCCCGAUACUCACCACACCGGCAACGACGACGGGGCUUCAGAGCCGCCCACCUCUCACGCUGAUGCUGUGGAUAUGGACAUUGAUGGCACGGACACCCAGCCCUCUCUGCAUUCAGAAUCGAAAGCGCCAUCUCUUCCAGAACGGACUCGGAACGCCAUAACGAUAACAGGCUCUUUAUCCCGGAAGGCAACGAUCGAGGACAUGCGUUUUGCCAAGUCCAACCGCAUCACCGCAAAACAGGUCAAAGAAGUCGGUGGAGUAGGUAGGGCGACUCGAACAAGGGAGCGUUUGCUUCGACAGCCGGAAAAUCAGAGGAUUUCGGAGCUUCACAAGGAGAUAGGAGAAAACUCCGUUUUGAAGGCGCGGACUAUCAGUGAUGUUGACUCUGCACAGGUGACCCGACGAUCAGCUACACAACCCCUUCGCAACUUCGAGGGCAGCAAAAGCUUAGUGAAACAAACCCACCACAAGGAUCUUCAACUGCAGCGAGCAUGGCAGACGAUCGCAGCCGACGAACGACGGAAAAUGCAGGAUUUUUCCAGAGGAACAGGACAGACCCAACCAGCAUCAGUCAACACAGUCGACUCUAUCGAUGGGUGUUGCAAGUGUGGUAGACACCACCUCCCAAUCCGCGUUGGAAGGGCACUCACCUAUCCACAGGAAUGCCCCAGAGAUGCGUUGCCCAUCAUCCCUAUCAUGUUCGUCGGGACGGCAGGAAUCGGAACUGGGAGUCGCAUUGGCGGUCAUCUAAAGUACGGCGGAAAAACGGUCGUUGAGCAACAUGCCCUCUCCGUCCCUGUACUGAUGACCGAUGAAAACAUGACUAGCAAAGUCUGUCCGUUUUGUUUUGCGAUUCUACGCCUCGUCCAGGAACUGAGACUUGUCAACGGAGUCGAGAAGCUGGUCACAAUCAACGGUGCGGUCCAGUGCGAAAACCCCAACUGUGAGAGUGUCCGCGCCGGUUAUGCACGUCGAGGCAGGGAUAGCAAUGCAUGUGUCAACAUUGCACUGGCGGGAUUCACGACAAUCAUGAGCGACAACAGACAGCCACUUCCUCCCUACAGGAGAUCAACGCGUCCAGAGGGCGCCACCCCUUCAGAACCCCAGUCUCUCGCUACUGGAACACAACAAACAUCGAGCACUUCGACAACGGACCCAUUGACAACAAUGGCUUCCCGCGACGCUGCUGAUGAGCUAGCCUAG